GGCAGGGCGGGGGGUGUGUGCACGCUCGAGCUUUCGGGCCACAGCCACCGCCGCGCUAGCUAGAAGCGCCCUAGCCCGGCAAGCUGGCUCACCCGCUGGCCACCCAGCACAGCCCGCUGGCCCCUCUCCUGCAGCCCAUCUGGCGGAGCGGCGGCGGCGGCGGCGGAGGCAGGAGGAUGGCUUCAGAACUGGCAAUGAACAAUUCCGACCUGCCCACCAGUCCCCUGGCCAUGGAAUAUGUUAAUGACUUCGAUCUGAUGAAGUUUGAAGUGAAAAAGGAACCGGUGGAGACCGACCGCAUCAUCAGCCAGUGCGGCCGUCUCAUCGCCGGGGGCUCGCUGUCCUCCACCCCCAUGAGCACGCCCUGCAGCUCGGUGCCCCCGUCCCCCAGCUUCUCGGCGCCCAGCCCAGGCUCGGGCAGUGAACAGAAGGCGCACCUGGAAGACUACUACUGGAUGACCGGCUACCCGCAGCAGCUCAACCCGGAGGCGCUGGGCUUCAGCCCGGAGGACGCGGUCGAGGCUCUCAUCAGCAACAGCCACCAGCUCCAGGGUGGCUUCGAUGGCUAUGCGCGGGGAGCGCAGCAGCUGGCCGCGGCAGCAGGAGCCGGUGCCGGAGCCUCCCUGGGCAGCAGCGGAGAGGAGAUGGGCCCCGCCGCCGCCGUGGUGUCCGCCGUGAUCGCAGCGGCCGCUGCGCAGAGCGGCGCAGCACCACACUACCAUCACCACCACCACCACGCCGCGGGGCACCACCACCACCCGACGGCCGGCGCCCCGGGAGCCGCAGGCGGCGCGUCCGCCUCUGCGGGCGGCGCUGGUGGCGCAGGCGGCGGUGGCCCGGCCAGCGCCGGGGGCGGUGGCGGCGGCGGCGGCGGCGGGGGCGCGGCGGGGGCGGGGGGCGCCCUGCACCCGCACCAUGCCGCCGGCGGCCUGCACUUCGAUGACCGCUUCUCGGACGAGCAGUUGGUGACCAUGUCGGUGCGCGAGUUGAACCGGCAGCUGCGCGGGGUCAGCAAGGAGGAGGUGAUCCGACUGAAGCAGAAGAGGCGGACCCUGAAAAACCGCGGCUAUGCCCAGUCCUGCCGCUUCAAGAGGGUGCAGCAGAGACACGUCCUGGAGUCCGAGAAGAACCAGCUGCUGCAGCAGGUCGACCACCUCAAGCAGGAGAUCUCCAGGCUGGUGCGCGAAAGGGACGCCUACAAGGAGAAAUACGAGAAGUUGGUGAGCAGCGGGUUCCGAGAAAACGGCUCGAGCAGCGACAACCCGUCCUCUCCCGAAUUUUUCAUGUGAGUGUGACACGCGAUCCCAGCUAGCCACCUUGUUAAAUGCUCCGUGGGGGUCCGGCUCCUGAGUGGGCUUGCUAGUUGCAGGACCACGCUCGCCACCACCUCGCCCCCUCCCCUGGCGAGUUUGCUCCCCUUGGCCCUACACACAGACACACACACACACACACACACACACACACACACACACACACACCAAGCUUGUGGUGGUGGUGGUGGUGGUGGCUCUUUUGAAUUGGGGAGGGUAGGGGUGUCUGGCUCAUGGAUUGCCAACCUGAAUUCCCCAUAACUUGCUAGCUUGGUUGUUUUGUUCUUUUUUUUUUUUUUUUUUUUUUUUUAAUUCUUUUUACACCACCCGCCCCCCACACACCCCGGACUUGCACAAGGGUCAAAGAUCUGAGCAAAGAAUUUCAUGUAGGACAUGGCUCACCUUUGAAUCCAGCCAUCAAUCGCCUGUAUUUUUUUUCUUCUUUUUCAGUUCAUGAACUGGUAUUCAUUCUCAGUGUGUGUGUGUGUGUUUAUUUUGUUUGGAUUUUCUUUUUCUUU